UUUGUCUGGAAAUAGCCUCUUCUUGAUAUAUAUUUUCUGAAAAUAGAAAUUCAUGUCAAGAUACUACAUUACUCAACUGAUCUAUCAUUUCAUUCCACAAAAGCCUUGUAACUUCAAUUGGAGAUGGGCAUGCCAUUUGAACUCCUGUCCACAUGGAUUAGAACCUAUUUAUACAUGGAUAUGGCUGCUGUUGCUUCUUAGAGUCAUACAGUGUUUCAUUUAAAAACAGAUUGUUCCAGGUAACAUAAAAUGUAAAAAUGAAUGGUGAAAAGGAAAGUGUUUUUAGAGUUCCAACUCAUCCCUUUUAAUUUUUCUUUAUUAGAAAUUUGUUUUUACAUAAGCCACAUUGGAGUUAGACUUGUAAAAUCCUAGUGCCACCACUUUCUAACUGUGUGGCCUUGAGCAUAUUAAUCAUAUUGAACUUCAGCUUCAGUAUCUGUAAAAUGAGGAUAACCCCUUCUUUGUAUAUGUACAAAUGUAUGUAUAUGAUGCAUAUGCCAUAUACCAUAUACACAAUAUACAGUUAUUCUCAAAUUUUACUGUGUCUAAAAUAAGGAGCUAAUUAAAGCCACAGAAUCCUAAGCAAGUCUCCCAGAGUUUCUGAUUCAGAGGCCUGAAAGAUCCUCUGAAAUCUGUAUUUGUAAUAAGCUUCUCAGGUAAAUCUAAUGCAGAUGGUUCAUGGUCUGCACUUUAAGAAAUGCUGCCAUAGAUCCUAAAUUCCUUGGAUUAUAAACAUAUUUCUAGGAGUUUUGUACUUCCCAUGACCUGCUCAUGACAUGUGUGCUGUAAUACAGCCUUGUGACAUCAAAGGUCAUGCUCAUCCUUUCCAUGCUGCUUUGUGAUCUAGCUAUCUUGACAUUCAUGCCUCUCUGGGCUGUACAAGCAUGGUUGGCAGCUGAACACUAGGACUCCAGGUCCAUGUAUACUCCAGUCAGAUUCAAAGCCCUAGAGAGAGAAUCCAUUGGCCAUCUUAUGUCAUGAGCUGACCUCCAUGAAGAGAAGGAAGGUCUGGAUUGCAGAGACUUCAGAAGAUUCCAGAAGUUGGAGCAGUUUCCUGAGAUUUUUAAUGGCUCCCACCACAGAUAUCUGCAGAGGGUGCUUUUUCCUAGCUUUAUAGUAAAUUUGUUGCCAAGAAGAGGAGCAAUGAAUUCCUCAUUUCACGUGCUUUUCUUGGAUCUCAACCUGAAUGCCACAGAAGGCAACUUUUCAGGACCAAAUGUCAAGAACAAAUCUUCCCCAUGUGAAGAGAUGGGCAUCGCUGUGGAAGUGUUUCUGACUCUGGGUCUCAUCAGCCUCUUGGAGAACAUCUUGGUCAUAGGUGCCAUAGUGAAGAACAAGAACUUGCACUCCCCCAUGUAUUUCUUUGUGUGCAGUUUAGCAGUAGCUGACAUGCUGGUGAGCAUGUCUAACACCUGGGAGACCAUUACCAUAUAUUUAAUAAAUAAUAAGCACCUGGUGAUAGCAGAUGCCUUUGUGCGUCACAUUGACAAUGUGUUUGACUCCAUGAUCUGCAUUUCUGUGGUGGCCUCCAUGUGCAGUUUGCUGGCCAUUGCAGUGGAUAGGUAUGUCACCAUCUUCUAUGCUCUGCGCUACCACCACAUCAUGACAGUGAAGCGUUCUGGGGUAAUUAUUGCAUGUAUCUGGACCUUUUGCACAGGCUGUGGCAUUGUUUUCAUCAUUUACUAUGAAUCCACUUAUGUCAUCAUUUGCCUCAUCUCCAUGUUCUUUACCAUGUUGUUCCUCAUGGCGUCUCUAUAUAUACACAUGUUCCUCCUGGCAAGGGCUCAUGUCAAGCGGAUAGCAGCUCUCCGUGGAUACAGCUCCGUGCAGCAAAUGACCAGCAUGAAAGGAGCUGUCACCCUGACCAUGCUGCUGGGCAUUUUUAUCGUGUGCUGGGCUCCGUUCUUUCUCCAUCUUAUUUUGAUGAUUUCUUGCCCCCAGAACCUCUACUGUUCUUGCUUUAUGUCUUACUUUAAUAUGUACCUUAUACUCAUCAUGUGUAAUUCUGUGAUUGAUCCUCUGAUAUAUGCCUUCCGCAGCCAGGAGAUGAGGAAGUCCUUUAAAGAGAUUAUUUGUUGCCAUACCUUCAGAAUACCCUGUAGGUUCCUUGGCAGGUAUUAAACAAAAAGUUUUUCUCCCUGUGGCUCUCUUUUAUCCUUCAUUUACUUUAUGACAAAAUCAGUUGGUACAGCCAAGGAGUAAGCCAGAAAACUAGAAAUCAAAAAUGUGUAGAACUGUUUCUCUUUUUUUCUGUUGAAUUUGUGCUUCACUUUUUCCCCCUGUGGCAGUUGUUAGGUCAGACAUGCAUAUGUUGCUUUUAAAAUUUGGGAAUGGGGUGUGACAAUUUUUUACUGUCCUGUUUUCCUCUUACUUUUUCUUCUGCUCCCACCCAUUUCUGGUAGUCCAAUCUAUCCUCCAUCUAGUAAGUGUGUGCUCAGGGAAGAUAAAACAUCCUUGGUGCAGGUCUCAGUGUGAGGAAUAGCUAUAACUGAAACUAUAAUUAUAACUGAAAGAAAGGCUGUGUGAUUGCUUUCUUUCCAUGGAAGCAGUUUCAUAAUUUUGCUUGAUGCUUGUGGGAGUCAUGCAUGCUUUUCAAGGCAGAAUUUAGUGGUCAAAUUCUUUGCAUUUGAAAUUUCCGUUUCCAUUUCAUUUGUUAUAGGAUGACUCUACAGCUCUCUUUUUCUGAACUUUUGAUUUUAUGGCUUAUGUUCAUAAUUGUCCAAGAAUGUAAUUUCCUUACCUACACUCUGUCAAUCAUGUUUUUGCACUUACCUGGACAUAAACCUUCAUGCUACAAACCUUGCUUCAUGUAAUGUGGAAGUCUCUGUGACCCUUUCUUAAUUGUCUUAGUCUGAUUCACUCCAGGGUUUCCAAAUGAGUGUUUUGGGGUCAUGUCAGGGACUCUAGGUGCCCCCAUCCUGCAUGUAGCACAUGCCCAUAGCCAAGUUAUCUUUGAACUUCUCAGAAUCUGUCAUGGAGUCUGAAACCCCCUCACCAUAUUCUUUCCACAUUGCAAUCUAACUCCAGCAGCCGGAGUUCAGGUGCCUAUCUUUAACACAGGGAGUCUUGUUUUUUCCAAUGUAGAAUGGAGGGAGAAAAUUUGAGUUCAGGUCUUAACUUUGCCACCAACCGACAAUGUUACCAUAAUCAUCUCAUUUCAGAUUCUACAUCUGUGCUGACCUCAUAGGAUGGUCAUGAGAACUGUAUGGAAAAAAUGUGAGAACACUUUGAAAACUUGUGAAGCACCAUAAAGAUUGAUUAUUUAUUUUAAAGAAAUGUUGCACAUAGAAUAAAUACUAGGGAAAGAUGCACCAGUCAGUGGUUGGAGGAAUGGCCCAGAAACCAGGAGGCCUGCUUUGCCAUAGAGCAGUUCUGUUAUGUUGGGCAAGUCUCUGACCACUGGGUCGCAAUGUUCUUAUCUGAAGUGAAGAGCUUGGUCCUUACAGCUCUCAUAUUUUUGGUAUUAAUAUCUUCUCUUUUGUUUUGGAUAUCCAUGUCUAGACUGUUCCCAAUAAAGGAAAUAGUAUAAAUAAAGCUAUGGUCCAUUAGGGUCACAUAAUGAUGAGCUGUCAACAGCUCAGGGGCAGAGGAACUUCUUGGGUAUGGCUCACAUAAAUAACUUAUAGACAUGAUCCCCACCCUUGACAGCUCAGAGUCUAGGAAAACAGAACAAAACAAAACAAAACAAAACAAACAGUGCUGGUACAAGCAGGAAAGUUCAUAAAACAUCCAAUGCUUAGGAAAAUGGCAAAUUAGCAGGUUGUUGACAACUGAGGUGUGAAGGGACAGCUAGCUCUUCAAAUGUUUCUGGUCCUUUUAACUGAACAAUCUUGUGUGUAUCCAUUAAUGUAAGUGAUCAGUAUGCAAUUAUGAUGGGAAACCACAGUCCAUGUUUUACAUGGGACAUCUCAGGAACCUAGGUUCUGUGAAAGCUGGCUCCUCAGCCUAUAUGCUCAUCUCUGUGGUCCUGUUGUCUGCAGCAGUUUCUGGUACAGAGUAGGCACUCAGGUGAUGUUUGUUAUUGUUGCUAAACAAAUGUGUACUUAAUCUGCUGCUCAAUAGCAGAUUGCCUGGUAGCAUUCACUGAG